AUGCUGCAUCAGCGCAACGACCUGGUGAACAAGUUCAAGACUACCCUGGAGCAAAUGCUUACAGAUGAGUACAAAGUCGUUAUUCGCGCUGACAAGCGACCUGCUGGUCAGCAUGAACGACGCUUCAACGCUCCAUUUGUAAGCGAGAUGGCGGUGGUUUUGGCUAUCGAGGGCGACUGCGAC